CGGCGCGAGUGGGAGGAGGCGCGGGAGCGGCCGGCCGCGGAGGGCAGGGGAGGGCAGCGGAGAGUAGAUUCCGGCGGGCGGGCGGGGCACGGAGCCCCGCGGCCCUCCCCGGGGGCGGCGCCCACCCGGAACCGGACGCAGCUGAGCCCGGGGGCAGGCUGGGACGCGGAGAGCCGGGCGCCGGUGCCUCCCGGCAAGGGCCGCGGCGGGAAGAUGCCAGUCCGCAGGGGCCACGUCGCGCCCCAGAACACUUACCUGGACACCAUCAUCCGCAAGUUCGAGGGCCAGAGUCGUAAGUUCCUGAUUGCCAAUGCUCAGAUGGAGAACUGCGCCAUCAUUUACUGCAACGAUGGUUUCUGUGAACUCUUCGGCUACUCCCGAGUGGAGGUGAUGCAGCGACCAUGUACCUGCGACUUCCUCACAGGCCCCAACACCCCACGCAGUGCCAUGUCCCGCCUGGCGCAGGCCCUGCUGGGGGCCGAGGAGUGCAAGGUGGACAUCCUCUACUACCGCAAGGAUGCCUCCAGCUUCCGCUGCCUGGUGGAUGUGGUCCCUGUGAAGAAUGAGGAAGGGGCUGUCAUCAUGUUCAUCCUCAACUUUGAAGACCUCGCCCAGCUCCUGGCCAAGAGUGGGAGCCGCAGCCUGUCCCAGUGCCUGCUGUCCCAGAGCUUCCUGGGCUCUGAGGGCUCUCACAGCAGGCCAAGUGCACAGGGGCCUGGCACGGGCAGGGUCAAGUACAAGACCAUCAGCCAGAUCCCGCAGUUCACACUCAACUUUGUGGAGUUUAACCUGGAGAAGCACCGCUCGGGUUCCACCACAGAGAUUGAGAUCAUCGCACCCCACAAAGUGGUGGAGCGGACCCAGAACGUCACCGAGAAGGUCACCCAGGUCCUGUCCCUGAGCGCGGACGUGCUGCCGGAGUAUAAACUACAGGCCCCGCGCAUCCACCGUGGGACCCUCCUGCACUACAGCCCCUUCAAGGCCGUGUGGGACUGGCUCAUCCUGCUGCUGGUCAUCUAUACGGCUGUCUUCACACCCUACUCGGCUGCCUUCUUGCUCAAUGAUCAGGACGAGUCCCGGCGCGGGGACUGCAGCUACACCUGCAGCCCGCUCACCGUCGUGGACCUCAUCGUGGACAUCAUGUUCGUUGUGGACAUUGUCAUCAACUUCCGCACCACCUAUGUCAACACCAACGAUGAGGUGGUCAGCCAUCCCCGCCGCAUCGCCGUCCACUACUUCAAGGGCUGGUUCCUCAUAGACAUGGUGGCUGCCAUCCCCUUUGACCUGCUCAUCUUCCGCACCGGCUCUGAUGAGACCACGACCCUGAUCGGGCUGCUGAAGACUGCCAGGCUGCUGCGGCUGGUGCGUGUGGCCCGGAAGCUGGACCGCUACUCCGAGUACGGAGCGGCCGUGCUCUUCCUGCUGAUGUGCACCUUUGCACUCAUCGCGCACUGGCUGGCCUGCAUCUGGUAUGCCAUUGGCAAUGUGGAGAGGCCCUACCUGGAGCCCAAGAUCGGCUGGCUGGAUAGCCUGGGUGUGCAGCUUGGCAAGCACUACAAUGGCAGCAACCCAGCCUCAGGCCCUUCAGUGCAGGACAAGUAUGUCACCGCGCUCUACUUCACCUUCAGCAGCCUCACCAGCGUGGGCUUCGGCAACGUCUCACCCAACACCAACUCUGAGAAGGUCUUCUCUAUCUGCGUCAUGCUCAUUGGCUCCCUCAUGUACGCCAGCAUCUUUGGCAACGUGUCCGCCAUCAUCCAGCGCCUGUACUCAGGCACCGCGCGCUACCACACCCAGAUGCUGCGUGUCAAGGAGUUCAUCCGCUUCCACCAGAUCCCCAACCCGCUGCGGCAGCGCCUCGAAGAGUACUUCCAGCACGCCUGGUCCUACACCAACGGCAUCGACAUGAACGCGGUGCUGAAGGGCUUCCCCGAGUGCCUGCAGGCCGACAUCUGCCUGCACCUGCACCGUUCGCUGCUGCAGCACUGCCCUGCCUUCCACGGUGCCAGCAAGGGCUGCCUGCGCGCGCUCGCUGUCAAGUUCAAGACCACGCACGCCCCGCCCGGGGACACACUGGUGCACCUUGGCGACGUGCUCUCCACGCUCUACUUCAUCUCCCGUGGCUCCAUCGAGAUCCUGCGCAACGACGUGGUGGUGGCCAUCCUAGGAAAGAAUGACAUCUUUGGGGAGCCCGUUAGCCUCCAUGCCCAGCCUGGCAAGUCGAAUGCGGAUGUGCGGGCCCUGACCUACUGUGACCUGCACAAGAUCCAGCGGGCAGACCUGCUGGAGGUGCUGGACAUGUACCCCGCUUUUGCAGACAGCUUCUGGAGUAAGCUGGAAGUCACCUUCAACCUGCGGGAUGCAGGUGUGGGUCUCAAGGCAUCUCCCCAGCAGGAUCCAGGCAGCCAGAACCACCAGGGCUUCUUCCUCAGUGACAACCAGUCAGCUGCCGCCCCUUCCCAGAGCAUCUCAGGUGCAUCUGGCCUCUGGCCUGAGUUGCUGCAGCAAGUGCCCCCAAGGCCAAGGCAGAGCCCCCCAAACCCUCAGGGAGACCCCGACUACUGGCCUCAGGAGUUAGGCUCCAGGCUAGAGCAGCUCCAGGCUCAAAUGAACAGGCUGGAGUCCCGCAUGUCCUCAGACCUCAGCCGUAUCCUGCAGCUCCUUCAGCAGCCCCUGCCUCAGGGUCACACUGGCUACAUUCUGGAAGCCCCUGCUUCCAAUGACCUGGCCUUGUUUCCUGCAGCCUCAACAACUCAGAGUCCAGGAACUAGGCUGCCCCAGGGCAGUCUGCCUCCUGCACAGACCGCAAGCUGUGGUGACUUGGAUGAAUGUAGGCCGAAGCCUAGGAACUCCUCCUCCGGGUCACCUCACCUGGUCAAGGCAAUGGAUAAAACUCUGACAUUAUCUUCAGAAAUGGAGCAGCCUGAGGGGCUCCUGUCACCCCUGAGCUCCUCUCUGCAUCCCCUGGAGGUACAGGGACUUCUCUGUGGUCCCCACUUUCCCUCCCUCCCUGAACACCUUGGCUCAGUCCCCAAGCAGCUGGUGUUCCAGAGACAUGGCUCGGAUCCUGGAUUUGCAGGGAGUUAGAACCAGUGAAGCCCCAAAUAAAAGAUACCAUGAGGGGAUUGAAGGUGGCUGAGGGGAGAGUUAAGGAUUUGGGGGAGGCGGACAGCUGCCAUAAUGGGCGUCCGAAAACAAUUCUCCUAGAGUAGCUACAAACUGCCAACCCAGGUGGCCCAGAUGGCACAGGUGGAGAGGCUCAGGACUUUUCCCAGCCGCCUCCAGGGCUGUUUAGACAGCAGGCCUGGUACAGGGUGGGUGAACCUCAGGCGUGGAGGUAACUUACAGAGCAGAGGGAGGGGUCAGUGAAAAGAGACGUUUCUGAUCUUGUGUGUGACAACAUUGCUGUGGGCUGGGUGUAGUCACCUCCCGCCUCAGAACUAUACACCGCCUCAUUGCCCAGCACCCAAGGUUGCUCAGACCUCCUGCUGAGAGCCUGGGAACUGGCUGGAGCUGAAAACAUCCUCUAUAGUGGGCACAUCAGAGCACCAAGCUCUGUCAUUCCCCCACUCAUGCCACCCCUGAUGGUUCUGUGAUGACCUUAGGGACCAUAAAGGCAGUGGAGUGUUUUACAGCUAAUAAAGUCUGCACAUUUCAU